AUGACCAACAAAGCUUCCUGGAACAAGCUCAGAAUUGAUUUGCACUCUAUCCCAACACCGGAUUAUCUCCUGCGGAUAGCGGCCAAAAGUGGCCAGGCAGGAGUGCUUCACCACCUCUUCGACUCCUUGCCCGAGUGUCGCCAUCGAAGACCAUGGCUUCCCAACCUCCCGGAUAGGGUCAACUGGGAUGAAGUUCCACAGAAGUGGGAGCCUGAGCUAGACGGGGUAGCAGCACAUGCCGCUAUCGAAGGUGCUGAUCCUAUCAAGCUCUUCGAAGUGUUCUUCGACUAUGGUAUGAGCGUCAAACAUCACCUGGAGCGGGCGAUCUCUCUACUCGCGUGCGCGAUUGGGUACAACAAGUUCGAAUUUGCAAAGUUUUUACUCUAA